AGUUGACCGUACUAAAAAAUAUAUUUAUAUUUAUAACAAAAACCAAUUAGAUAUUAAAAAUGCUGGCUAAUAAUUGGUCUCGUGUACUUUUUGGAAAAAAAAUUCUAUCUCGUCGAUAUCAACAUGGAUACAUAAUACUUGUUCCUGAAAUUGGAGAAGACUCGGAAACGAAGGAUCCGUUUACCAAAAGCGAUGGUUUGCCGGAAUUUAAUAACAUAACGAUUGAAAAUUGUAGAGCUGCAAUAGCAAAGCAAAGUUUAGAAUUUGAAGCAGGCGUGAAGAAAAUAGAAGAAGAAAUAAGUAAUGCGGGGACACAAGACAUAUUUCGACAGGUAUUUAAUUCAUUAGAAUCGCUUGGAGGGCCAUUAGAUUUGACAUGGGGAUUAUCCAAAACAUUGUAUUUAGGAAACAGUACUUUAAUGCCAACUUCCAGCUACAUAGCCAUACAUGAACGUGCAAGACAAGCUAGAGCUUCAAAAUACAGUAAUAAAGGUAUUUACAAUGCUGUAAAAGAUGUUCUACAAACCAAGACUGAAAAAACUGUUGAACAAUCUAGGAUACUACAAAAAUUUGCAGUUGAGGGCAGGUUAAAUGGACUGGAUAUUGAAGAGUCUAAAAAAAGCAUAGUUUUAAAUGAAUAUUUAAAUAAAUUGUCUAAAGAAAAAACGUUAUUUAAACAAAAAAAUGAAGUUUCCACCAAAAGGUUUAGUCAAACAGUAUCAGAUCAAGAAAUUGUAAAAGAUUUUCCUGAAUAUGCAUUAAAGGCUACUUCAAUUGAUCCACAUUUUCCAGAAAAGGGUCCCUGGAAAUUAACUCUUCAGCCAUAUAUUUAUAGAUCGGUAAUGGAAUACUGUCCAGACAGGGAUAUUAGGUGGAACUUUUGGCAGGCUUUAAUGAGUAGAGGGAGUAAAUUUGGAGAUUCAGAAUUGACAACCAGCUUGAAUGUGGAGGAAAUUCGUAGUCUUCGCAGAGAUGUAGCUGGAUUAUUAGGAUUUGAUACAUAUGCAGAUAUGUCAAUGCAAACCAAAAUGGCAACAAGUGUAUCAGAAGUUAAAAAUACAAUAAGGACGUUAUUAGAAGAAGCCUAUCCUGCACAACAGAAUGAAAUAAAAAACCUCCACCAAUUUGCUACUUCACAGGGAUUCCAAGAUGGCGAACUUGAAUUAUGGGACGUGGAUUAUUGGAGAAAGAAACAACAAAAAUAUUUAUAUGUUAACAAUGAAACUGACUUUAAAUCCUACUUUCCAUUAAAAUCCGUAGUGAACGGUUUAUUUCAAUUUUGUGAAAAAAUGUUUGAUAUCAAAAUCAAAGAAAGACCCAACACCACUGGAUGGCACAAGGAUGUUAAAUUUUAUGAUGUAUUUGAAGACCAUUUGAGUGCUCCAAUAGCUGGCUUCUACUUUGAUCCAUAUGCAAGGCAUCAACAGAAAUUAAAGAUUGACAACACUGGUUGGAUGGUUGCAAUACAAAACAAAAGUCAAAUUACUGGUAGAAUCCCAUUGUCAGCUUUGAUUUUCAAUUUCGAUCCUCCCCAGCAAGGCAGGGAUUCCUGUCUAACUUUUAAGGAAACCAAAAACUUAUUUCAGAAGUUUGGCAAUAACUUGCAACAUUUACUAACUCGUACAAAAUAUUCAGAAGUGGCCGGACUAUCAAAUGUGGAAUGGGAUGCAGUGGAAGUUUGUGGAAAUGUUUUAAGUCAUUGGUUGCAUAAUAAAACUGUAAUGGACAGUAUUACCAGUCAUUGUGAAACGGGCGAGAAGCUUCCAAACGAGAUGUUUGAAGUUUUAGUGCAGUCUGAGAAACAUAUGGCUGGUUUAGAUUUGUGUAAUGAAAUGUAUUUAGCAUAUUUAGAUUUAGAACUGCAUUCCACGAAAGAUUAUUGGUUGGACAUUGUAAAAAGAAUGUGGAGUGAUUACAAAUGUUUCAAACUGCAUAAAUUAGACGUACAUCCAUGUUCUUUCAUCCAAAUAUUCGGAGAUGAAUGGGGUGCAGCUUAUUAUUCUCAUAUCUGGUCAAAGAUGAUAGCCGCCGAUAUAUAUAGUGCCUUUUACGAAGUUAGGGAUAAUGAACAUAAAACUUUAGAAAUUAGCAAAAGGUUUCGUGACUCAUUUUUGUCUUUAGGUGGUAGUGUCCAUCCAGGGCAGAUAUUUAGAGAAUUCCGCGGGAGAGAUCCUUCUCCAAAAGCUUUGCUCAGAUCGUUAGGAUUAAGAAAGAAAUAGUGUAUCGUUUAAAUGUA